CAUACACUUUAUCCAUUGCCAUGGCUUCCACGUCUCGGACGCGGACCGGAAGGGGAAGGGGAAGGGGAAGGGGAAGUGGAUCAUCAUCAUUGCCACCACCACCGUCAACACUGCCAUUGAUCAUAGAGGAGUUCUUCAUCGUCGUCUAUGAAGACCCUUUGGUCAAGAAGGAACUCCCAAAAAAAUUUGCGGACUAUCUUGACGGCAAGGAGCCAGCUAAGGUGUAUCUGCGAGCAGCUGACUGCGGUCCUCGUCUCUGGACCGUGGAGGUCCUAUUUGACGGACAAGGCCGGAUGUACCUCGACAAGGGCUGGGAGAAAUUCGCCAUCGCGCACGGUGUGGAUUUCGGCUGGUUCAAAAGCGACAUCACGAAUCAAGCAGUUGUUGCACGUGAUAAAGCACCACCGCGUAGCAGCAUCAACUAG